AUCUAUGAUGAAUAACCGGUGGAAAAAGGCAAAGAACAUCAUCCGGAUUUCCAACUCUUUGGGUGGAGUAGCAAAAGCUAGCGCGGACGAAGAGGAGUUUAUCAUCAAAGAGAAAGCGUUGAAACUACAGUCAGCUGUUAGAGAUGGUGAUGAACGAUUGGUGAAAGUGAUCGUGGAAAGAAGUCCUAAAGAUAUUAUUGAGAUCAUCCAAAUGCCAGUUGGUAAUGCUGGUUCGGCUAUUCAUGUUUCCGCGGCUGCUGGACAAGACAGAAUUUUGAAGAUGUUGCUUAAUGAAACAAACAACAACUUUGGACUUACUGUUAACUGUGCGUUUUUUGGAGGCGAUCCAAGGUUAAAUAUAGGUGCUGGGGCUGACUUUGAAUUAAAAAUGGCGCCUAUUCAUUUUGCAGCCUACCAUAACCGAGCGACCACAGUGACUAUGUUACUCUCACAUGGUGAAAAUCCAGAUCAUCAAGAUUCUUGGCUAAGAACUGCAGCUCAUAUAGCAGCGGCCCAAGGACACGAUCACAUCUUACGUCUCAUAGUUGCUGCAAAGGGGAACAUCAACAUACAGGAUCUAGAUGGUCGGCCUCCUCUCCAUUUAGCCUGUUUAGGUGCCAGAUCGGCCACUGUCAGUUGUCUUCUUGAAAUAGGUGCAGACGCGAAUCUUAUCAACCAUAAUGGAAUAACAACGCUACAUCUCGCAGCAAUGUAUGGCCUCCAGCGGACAGCAGAUCUGCUGCUCCAAAGGGGAGCAGAUAUAAACGCUAAAACAAAGAAUGGCGAUACUCCACUAAUGAUGGGCUUGAAAUCCGAAUGGAACAAGAAAUCGUCAGAGAAAGUCUUGCGAUUUUCAAAGUUGAUGGUGUUCAAACAGGCUGAUAUUAACAUACCUAAUAUGGAUAAUGAAUACCCUAUUCAUAUUGUAGCUGAGAGGGAUUACAGAACGUUAAUGCAAUCCUUUCUACAAAGGAAUCCCAGGAUAAACGUCCAAAAUCAUCUCGGUGAGACGUGUUUGCACAUAGCGUUGCGUCACAAGUAUGUGGUAAUGGCGAGGAUGAUCAUUGCCUACCGUGAUGUACUUCUUAACAUACAGGAUAAUAAAGGAGAUACACCUUUACAUAUUGCUGCAUCUGAUGGUAACACUGAAAUCGUUAAACUAUUACUGAAGCACAACGCAAGGGCUGAUCUUUUGAACGCCGAUCAGAAUAGCACAUUGCACGUUGCUGUUAAAAGCGGUAACAAUGGUAUGGUUGAGGCUAUUUUAAAUGCGGAGGUUGAUAAAGAUUUGUUUGACAAAGAUGGACGCGCGGCGUUACAUAUAGCAAUCAUUCAAAAGCAUCAAGCAAUCAGUAGAAAGUUGAUUGAAAGGGGAGCUAGUGUAAAUCUUCCAACCAAACCUAACGAGUCUACCCCUUUACAUCUAGCUGCUUCCAAAGGUCUCCAUAACGUUAUUGUUAACUUGUGUGCUAAAGGUGCAGACGUUAAUAUGAAGGACAAACGAGGCAGUCUACCCAUCCAUCGUGCAUGUAUGUUCGGACAUGUCGAGGCAGUCAGUGCUCUGCUUACAAGGAACAGCAACAUAAAUACGAAAAUGGGGCGCGCUGGUUCAACUCCAUUGUUUAUCGCCAUAGAAAAGAACGACACCCCCAUAGUGAGGCUUCUUCUUGCGAAUGGUGCAAAUGCAAACAUUCAAGGCGUAUAUGAAGGUCCACUUCACAAGGCUGUAAAAGUGAAAAACAUUGACAUAGUGAGUGCUUUAGUAGAUCACAGAGCCGACAUUAAUGCUACAGGAUGCUUCGACCAAACUCCACUGCAUUGUGCUGCAGGCAGCAAUGAGCUAGAUAUAGUCGAUAUUAUUAUGGAACAUGGCGGAGAUCUGGAGGCAAAAGAUUGCAACGAUAAGACCCCGUUGGAUAUUGCCAAAGAAGCAGAAACAGAAGACAUGAUAUUUUUACUGAGGGGUAGAUUGAAUAUCAAAACAAAGUUUGAUGAAGCUGCUGAGUGAAGCACCCUUAUUAUAAAAUAAAGGUCAAGGUCAUCAACGGGUUACAGCUAUUCUCAUAUUAUCUAGAGCCAUCCUAUGUUAAUACAUGAUGACAAGGAAUCUCCUUUGUUAUGUCAAGUUUUUUUUACAUUUUCUUAAUUAAGAGUGUGAGAGAGAGUUAUUUUAUUUCACUUUUCUUUUCACCUUAUUUUAAACUUAAUUCAGAUCAAAGUCGACUCUAAAUUUGUCAUUAGACUCAAUAUGCCUAUCUUAUUACCAUGAAAAUACCCAAUUACUCGUCGAGUGGUCACUUUCACAAGUUAUCAAAAGCUAGCGGAGAGCCAAGUGUCAGAUUCUCCUUUUUGGAUGUUUUCAAGUGAUUGCCAAAUUAUGGUUUAUAAAGGCUCAGCUCGAUCGUACAUAAAUGUUCCAAAGUGAUUUAUCAGAUGGCUAACAUCGUUAUUUUAUAUUCCUUUUUACGACACCUGAAUUUAAUCUCUGUACUGAAAAAACAUUUAAACAUAAAUAAUUUGUCAAGCAAGUAAUUAAAACGUUUGAAACUAGGUACAUGUACCAUGGUUUAAAUCGGGAAAUAAAUUUCAUUAAGCCGCAAUUACACAGGUGUUUGAAGCUUUCAAUGAUCUACAGUUUUUAUGUUUUUACAUCCCGCACACACUGUUGGAUUUCACUUUCUUUUUUAUUAGUAUUUUAUUAAAAGGUAUUAAAGGUCAUUCUCGGUCAUCCCUCUGUCCCUCUGGUUCCUAGGGAAUAUUUCAUAUCAUCCCUCUGGAAAACCCCAAUAUAGAAUAUCCAGAGC